UCGAUUUGGGGAGGGGUUGGGGGCCCUGGGGCCGACCGACCCACCUCUUCUUUUAGGCGGCUGCCCCUGCCCCUGCCCCGGAGGGGACCAGUAGCAGACCAAGGAAGCCAGGAUAUCACAGCAUGGAUCAGUCUAGGUCUAGUUCAGGUGGAGGUAGUGAACAGGCCUCUUCUCAAGACCACCGUCACAGUGAAGAUGAGCGAAGAUGGCAGCAAGAGCGCCUCAGCAGGGAAGAGGCCUAUUACCAGUUCAUUAAUGAACUCAAUGAUGAAGAUUAUAGGUUAAUGAGAGACCACAAUCUCCUAGGCACCCCUGGAGAAAUAACAUCAGAAGAGCUACAGCAGCGAUUAGAUGGAGCCAAGGAGCAUCUAGCAUCCCAGCCUGACUUGGAGAAUAGACAAACUGAGGGAGGAACUUUGGGAGAUGCAGAGAUCCCCAGGGACAGUUCAAAUGGAGACUCCCUGUUAGAAUGGCUAAACACUUUCCGUCGGACAGGCAAUGCAACUAGAAGUGGGCAGAGUGGGAACCAAACUUGGAGAGCUGUGAGUCGAACAAAUCCGAAUAGUGGAGAAUUUCGGUUUAGUCUGGAAAUUAAUAUAAAUCAUGAAAACAAUGGAUUUGAAGCUCCUAAUGAUGAAUAUGCAAGUGUUUCUCAUUCUCAUGCCAGCAGAAAUCAUCCUGGAAAUGGACACCAAAGAGCAGUCAGUCCCGUGGCCAGGAGAACAAGGAGCCAGACCUCAGUGACUCUGAAUGGUGACAGUCUCAGGGUCCCAAGGACUAGAAUGGCAAGAAGUUCAAGGAGGCAGAAUUCAGUAGAAAUGUCUUUUUCUAUGUUGGGAAGGGUGAGGAGCAGAAAUAGGGGAUCAGUAAGCGUUGCUAGAACAAAUUCUGUAAAUGAUAACCUUCUGAGUAGUCAUGCAAACCCCCAUGGCACUAGUGAAGAUAACAUUAGAGAAGGGCGAGGUGCAUCUUCACAGCUCCAGGGAAACAGGGGUAGAACUCCUGUUCCCACCAGGAGUGCAAGCCAAAGACAAGAACCAGCAAACUUAGAGUCUGCUGUAAAUAGUCGAAGCCGGUCACCAGUUCAAAGACAGAGUGAUACUAUGGAUUCUGAAGAACAUAAUUCACAUAGGGAAAAUAGACCUUCACAACAAACCUUUAGAAGGUCAGUUAGGAGGAGACAUGUAGCUCAUGUUUACUUAGAACCAGCUGGGGAACAUAGAGGUACUGCCCACACCCCACUGUCCAAUUCAGGACUACUGUCAAGAAUUACAGUGGAAGGGGAAGAAUCCAUCAGGCCCACAGCUGCUGUGAGGCGACAUCCAACUAUCACACUAGACCUUCAGGUUCGAAGGAUUCGUCCUGGAGAAAAUAGAGAUCGGGAUAGUAUUGCAAAUAGAACUCGCUCUAGAGUAGGGUUGGCAGAAAACACAGUCACCUUUGAGAGCAAUAGUGGAGGCUUUCGUCGAACCAUUUCUCGCUCAGAACGUGCUGGCAUUCGAACUUAUGUCAGUACCAUCAGGAUUCCGCUCCGUAGGAUUUCAGAGAAUGGACUGGGUGAGCCAUCAUCAGUGGCUUUACGGUCAAUUUUAAGGCAAAUCAUGACUGGAUUUGGGGAACUGAGUUCUCUAAUGGAAACUGAAUCUGAGUCUGAAUUUCAGAGGAGCAGGCAACAUUUAAGAGAGAUGCAUUCAGAGGUGAGUAACUCACAUGCAGUUGAUGGCAGUCAACAAAAUGAAGUCUCUUUUCAAGAGAGGCAGGCCCAAGAAGGCAGCAUCGAAAUGAGUGGUGAAAAUGAGAGGACCCAAUCUAAUAACCGCAACAGUGAAAAUAGAGAGAACCGGCAAUCUCAAGAUGCAAACAAUUUAGUUGAAAGUGGGACACUACCUAUUCUUCGUCUUGCCCAUUUCUUUUUAUUAAAUGAGGAGGAUGAUGAGGAGCACUUUAGAGGCUUAACCAAAGAGCAGAUUGACAAUCUUUCUACACGGAACUUUGGAGAUACUGAGAGUGAACUAAGUAAAACCUGUAGUGUUUGUAUCAAUGAAUAUGUAACAGGAAACAAGCUCAGGCAGUUACCUUGCAUGCAUGAGUUUCAUAUUCAUUGUAUUGAUCGCUGGCUAUCUGAGAACUGUACUUGUCCUAUUUGUCGGCAGCCUGUUUUAGGAUCCAGUAUAGCAGACAAUGGAUAAAAUAAUAGAGCUUGCUUUAAUAAUUAUAUUUUAUCAUAGCUUAGUAUGUGUUUAAGCAUUCAUUUUUUAGCCUAUUUGUGAUGAGCCAACUGGGAUAAAUAAUAAUUUAGAUAAUGGUUUGGGCUAUUUUCUUGAAAAAAAUAAAACAAAAAAAACUUGUUUGAAGAGGUAGGAUAUUUGCAUAAAUUUUAAAAUGCAAAUGAUAAAUUACUUUACAAAGUUUAGAACAAUUAAUAUUGCUAGAACCAAAUAAUCUUUAAUAUGUUUUUAUUUUGUUAUGCUAAGCACUUUCAUAUAUGUAGAAUACAGUAGGAUAAAAUCAAUUUGCUUAUUGUUAACAGUGCAACAGACUUUAUUUAGGAUUCAAAUUUUCACAGACUCAGUACUGUGUCAAGAAAUUGGUGUCUAAAUAGUCACUCAUUAGCUUUUUGUUCUAAGAACAAUUUCUUUUCAUAAAAGAAUCUUUUGCUGGAUGUUUGCUAAAAGUAUUUAAGUUACUUGAAAUGUUCAAUUUAAUAUGCAGUAUACUAUACAGACAUAUAUAUCUAUUUUUAAGAUUGAAAUGUCCAGUCUGAAAACUACCAGUUUGGUUCUAUUUAAACGUUUUUGAAAUUUUUGCAUGUGGUUUUACACAAUGCUUAAUGUUGAUAAGUUCAUCUUGGAAAGUGGGUGGAUUAAGGGGACAUUAAAAUAUAUAUACAGUUCAGUAUGAUGUUUUCUGACAAUCUGACUCAGUAGGCAGCAAGCAAUCUAUUAUAGUAAACAAGUAUUUCUUUAUAGUAUGUUUGAACCUGAAAUAGAUAUGAAUUCAGAAAUGGAACAUGAAAAUUUUAGGAUAUCUAGAUUACUUUAACUUCGGUUCAACUUGUUUUUUACUUUAUUAUUUUGAACACGCAAAGACUGCUCUUGGAUUAUAAAAUAACUAUACAAUAUGCACGGUUUCUCAAACUUAUAUAAAAAAAGUUUUUUGGAAAGGAUACCAUUUCUGUACUGAAUAAAAUGUAUAGAUAAUAUAGUGAGUUCUCUUUGAGGCAUAAUAAAAUAACUAUGAUAAAGAAAAUGUAGACUUUAUAUGAACACCAAAAGUCAUGUAUUAAAAAAAACCCUUUCUAUUUCUACAAUAAACAUUAAUG